AUGUACUUGGCUGCAAGUUUUGAAGACACUCUCGCCUCCUCGUAUGCGCACGGCUCAACCUACCUAUCAGCUGGCAGUCGCCAGCAGCAUAUGAGGGCAUUCCUGUUUGGUUAUCCGAUCUCGCGAUCCCUCGCCCCUCUGCUGCAGAAGACGUUGUUCAAAGGGGUCUCGCUACCAUGGACUUACCAACUGCAUGAGACCAGUGACGUGAACGAGUUCACUGACAUGCUAAAGCAACCAGACAUUGUGGGCUGUGCCAUUACUAUGCCGUACAAAGUCAAAACAAUGUCUCUUGUUGAUGAGGUGACAGAAGAGGGUCGAGUGAUCGGAGCUAUCAAUACCGUCUUUAUGCGAAAGACACCGGCGGGGAUUACUCGCUACAUUGGAACAAACACGGACUGUGUGGGUGUUCGAGAGGCUUUUUUGCAGAAUUACCCAGACCUGCUCUCCGACUCUGAGUGCAGAGCGGCAAUGGUCAUCGGUGGUGGAGGUGCCUGCCGCGCCGCAGUAUAUGCCAUGUGGAAGUGGCUCGGCGCUAGCAGGAUCUACAUAGUCAACCGGCUCGAGGAUGAAGUCAUCUCUACCAUUGAAUCCCUCGGUUCGGCGGGACUAGAUAUCCCGAUUAUACACGUCAAAUCUGUCAAGCAAGCGGAAGGCCUUGACACACCAGCUCUCAUUGUCGGGACGGUGCCGGAUUACCCUCCUAGGGAGCCUGGGGAGAUCAAGGCUCGAAGUAUCGCCAACCAUUUCCUUGCUCGAGCACAGAAGGGAUAUAUCCUCGAAAUGUGUUAUCAUCCAAAGCCGAUGACAGAUUUCUUCCUCCUUGGAAAGAAGGCGGGUUGGCGGAUGAUAUAUGGCACGGAGGCCAUGAUUUGGCAGGGCGUCACCCAGCAGGUACUCUGGGCGGAGCUUCCUUUAGAUAUGUUUGAUAUGGAAGCAUCCAAGAAAGUCAUGGGAGAAAUAUUGCACAAGACUAUUAUGCACGAUGGAGGCGAGCCAGUUCAGUGGAUUUAG